UUAAGGGUGUGGUCGUUAACCGGGCUAGAGUAGGGUGUUUGGUCGCCGACUUCCUCUAGGCAGCGAGUUUCAAAGCGUCCGAGGUUAUGCUGAAGAUUCAUUUGCAAAGUUACCUCAGGUCGCUGUUUCCACACAUUUUAUUUUAAUUUCUAGUCCACUCGGGGCCGUGGAGUGAGGGGUCCUAAGGUCACUUCCAGAGCCGGAGUCUGGCCUGAGCACCCUGCCCACCCUGCCCAGACCACCAGUCUUCAGCCUCCUCAGGCGUUGAGGAAAGGAGCCGAUCCCCAAAUGCUCAUGGAGAAGAGUUCAACUGAAAGUGAAGGUUCUCUUAAACAGUUAGUCCCUUGACGUUCUGAGAGUUCGUUCCCUUUAUCGGAAUAAGUUGGAGGGAUGAGGCCGUUCAGAGACGCUCUUGGUGAAAUGAGUCCCAGUGGGACUAUAUUGGUGACCUUUUGUAACUCCGUGCCAAUUUCGGCCACUGAGCAGCCGUUUUCAAAAAGUUAAUUUAAAAAAGUUAAUAAAUGGAUUAAAGGAAGAAGGAGAAAAGUAAAGUUAUUUGCUAUUUCCAUAUAGGGAGUUGAAGUACAGAGCUAUUGUUUUAGAUUUUUUACUUUGUACUUCGUGUUGCACAUUCUUUGAUGUCCUUUGAACACUGCAUUUUAAUUUUGGAGUUUAAAAACAAAGUCCCUGGCAAAGUUUGCUCUUAAUAGCUAUUUGCCUUCCUACAAACAAUUUGUAUAAGAAAAACUCUUGCAGGUAGGGGGACCCUCUUCUAGGGCCUGCGAGUUGGCUCUUGUCUAACAUGCAGAAAUGUCAGAGGACACACACAUGAUGAGGAAGCAAGAGACUUCCUUGGGAAGGGGCACCCUGGGUGGAGAACAGCAGUGUAAGGGAAUCCAGGAGGGUUGCUUUGCCAUAGUCUGGGAUUUUUGGUAAUAGGAUUAGUUUCAGGGUUGUCUCUGGCCAACCAUUGUCACUCGAGGUCCUUCCUCGUGACGCCCGCAUCACUCAAGCAAGAAGGAUUCCAGCAUGGAGGAUUCUGAGAUGUUGGCCCAUGAUGUAAUCUUCAGAAAAGAACAAGAGAAAAUAUCUGGAGAGAAAAAGAGCCAAUCCAGGCCUUGCAUAUGGAAAUGGCUAGGGAGAUGGGCACCGUGACAGAGAAACUUAUCCCAAAGAUUAUGAUAUAGAGGGUCCUGAAGAAGUGAAAAAACUAUGUAAUUCAACAUAUCGUCGACUUGGAACCAGUGAACCCCCAGUUUGGAUAUCAGAAACACGUGAAAAAAUGGCACAAGUUUGUUUAAACACAAAACUGGCCAAAAUAAAGAGCAAGGCUUUAUUGAAUGAGGAAACUAUGAACUCUGGAAUUAUUGAAAGGGACACUGGAUUGCCUGCCACAGGUUUUGGAGCUCUCUUUACUAGACACUCACCAGAUUGGAGCAAAAUGUGUACAUUGACAACAUAUGCUGAAGAAUAUGCUCCACCAUAUGAAUAUCAGCCACUUGGUGAUCCUUGUCAAGAUGAUGAUUAUUCAAUUGUCCACAGAAAAUGCCGUUCUCAGUUCACAGAUCUAGAUGGUUCCAAAAGAGUUGGCAUCAACACUUGGCAUGACGAGAGUGGGAUUUAUGCCAAUUCAUAUGUAAAACGAAAACUCUACUCAUUAACAGGUGGCCCUAUUACUCCCUUUUUAAAAUAAUGUAUGGGGUCAGAUUCUAUAACUAAUGAAAGGUAGUGAAUGUAACAGUUGAUGAUUUUCUAUCCUAAUAAAUACAAUGGAAACUUUACAAUACAUUCCUUUAACACAAAAUCUUAAAUUCUACACCAGUGUGUAUAUCAUUUUUUUCAUAAGCUACUCUGGUAUUUCCAAAGUUUAGCAUUGAAGGUAUGUAACAAAUUCUAGAUAGUACUUGGAGGAAUUUUAUUUAACUGUACUUUAUUUUAUUGACUGGAUUUAUUUUAUUGAAUACAUUUUAUUAGGAAAAAUACAUAAAGCUAACACAGUCAAGCUCGUGAUUGCUUAGGGUGUGUCUGAUUUUAAAAAAUGAGGUAACUUCCACUUUAAAGUGAAUAAAAACUUAGGUGGCACUCAAAUUCCACACGAAACUCAAAUUGCUGAAAUUUGAGCAACACUGACCCUAGGAUGGUGCUGAAUGUGUGUGUACGUGUUUUGAGGGGGAGUGUGUCUGUUUACAGACUUUAACAUAUCUGUGGUGGCUAGCUACAUUAUGGAUUAUCAUUUCAGCAUGGUAUUUUUCCUUAUUUAAUAUUUAAGGAAUUUUUUCCCUUAUUUAAUAUUUAAGGAAUAGUUUCCUUAUUUAAUAUAACACCUCUUGAUUGUAUCGCCUAACAGUAAUGCAGACAGAAUCUUAGUGAAAUUUUAAGGGUUUAAUGGAAAAUCCAAUCAUCUAGUGUUUGAUUUAGAAGAAAUCUUAGCAGUUGUUUUGACUUACACGUCCAUUUUACAGAUGAGCAGAGACAAAGUUUCAAGUAGCUUUCCCAGGGUUACAUAAAUAGCAGAUUCUAGUUGAACUUUGAGGUGCAUUUGAACUUUCAUUUUUUCUGAGGAAGGGUUUAUUUAUUUGGUCAGCCUAAGCUAAAUUUACUCUCAUUAUUUUUCUUUAAAAAAAAGUAAUUCAUGAAAUAGUAUUUCAUGAUAAAUGUUAAUGUGAUUAGAAAAAUACAGGUGAGAACACAAGUCUUGUGAAUAGGGAAAUGAAAAUAAAGGAAAUGUGGAAAUGGCAAGGAAGCGUUCACCAGCAGAGUUUUACUAUAUUUUCUUGCUGCUUAGUACCUAUUCUAGUGGAUUACCUUUCCUUCCAUAAACUAUAAAUUCAAGUUUAAUCACUCUGAACAUUCAUUAACAUCUAGGAUGGACAGCUGUCUGAAGUAUGCAAAUCUGUAUGUCAAGCUACUUAUAAUUUGUUUUUCUUUUUGUAAGGGAAAAGUCUCAAUGGCCAUUACUGACCUUUGAACUUGCUGUUUACUUAGAAUAAAAAAUUCACCUUC